GCCCGCUCAUCUUAGACCCCAUCACGCCUCUCCAGAUCCCGCACUGCCAACCUCCUCAGCUCGUUCUGAGGAUUCCCUGAUCAGCACAUCUCCACUCCUACUAACAGAUCAAGAAACAGAUUAACAAACACCAAAGAUGCCUUCUGACCAAAGAGCCACCACCCCAAAGGGCAAGGCGAAACAAGACCGCGUGCCCGCGCUGAAAAACCCGUCCGUCGAAUCCCGCCUGGGCGAAUCCAGCACGGCGUCGAAGAACAAGCCCAAAUGGUAUCAAAAAGUCCUCGACUUCGCCAAACGCAAACCACCCGCCGACCGGCGCCCCGACGAAAACUGCACCCUGUACAUCGGCAGACCAACGGAAAAGGCCCGCGUGGAUUUCCGCCCCGGAUUCGGGCCCUACGUCAUCAUCCUGCACGGCGAGGUCAGCAAGUGCUGCGAGUGGUGGUACCUGGCCGACCAUGAGAUCCCGCGUGAUGAGGACCGCAAACGGUGCGAUAAGAUUCAGCUCCCUGAGCUGAAGAUCGUGUACGAGUGGGGGAAGUCGGAGCAAUUCACGUGCGGUAAGCGGAUACAUCUCAUGAUCUGCUGGUCCAUGGCCGUAUCCUUGAUCUCUGUCAUGCCGGCAAGUCACGCCAGUUCGAUCAUCGCAGUUAUUCGGUUAGAUGGAAGUUCUUCGCCAAGAUUGAACUGGCCCAGGUAUAGCCACUGA